AUGUCCUCCUUCAUCGACACGCCUUUGGGUUACAAGAUACACUACAAACUGUCUGGCAAUCCUUCCGGCCAGCUCGUCAUACUGACCCACGGUCUUGGUGGCUCGACCGCCACGUUUGACAGUUUCGUGCCGCUUCUUCCGGAGCGCUUCCACGCCGUUAGCGUCGACUUCCCCGGCUUUGGCAAGUCGCCGCGGCCCUCGGCAGCAGACGCGCGACGCAUUUCAAUCGCCGACCAUGUCGCCAACCUACACCAUCUCGUCGCAUCUCUGCAAGCCGCUGCGCCAGCGGGCAGCGCCGGCGCCCGCAUGCCCGUGCUCCUCGUCGGACACUCGCUGGGCGCCGUUAUCAAUCUACACGCUGCUGCUGCCGCUGCCGCCUCGUCUCCCGUUGGCGGCCUCUUUCUUCUGGGACCCGGCCGCGCAGGUGGCCGCAUCCCUGCCGCGCGCGCCGCCAUGGUGGACCUGGCUGCGCUGGUGCGCACCCAGGGCAUCGCGGCCGCCGCCACCAAGGCCGCCGAGGUGACCAAUUUCUAUGCGGACACGCCCGAGCGGACGGUCCCCGUGGCGCUCCGACAAACCGUGUACGACGCCGUCGCCGCGUCCGACCCGGAGGCAUACGCCCAGACGUGCGAGGCCAUGGUGGCGGACGACCACGUCGACCCGGCGUACGGCGCCAUAACGUGUCCCGUGGUGUUUGUGGCAGGCGACAAGGACAUGAUCAGCCCCGUGUCACGGUCGGAGGACCUGGCCAAGCUGGUGGGCGGGCCAGUCGAGGUGCAGGUUGUGCGCAGCGGGCACCAGCUGAUUCUGGAGGACUUGGAGGGCGUGAAGCUGGCGCUGUCCAUUUUCCUGAGCCGCGUGGAGAAGGCAGAGCCGGAGGCAUAG